GUCACUAACAAACCUUCGACCUUUGUCACCUUAUUUCUGUCGCCGUUCCCUUGCUCUUGUCGGGCACGUGCCAUUCAUUUCUCCAAACCCUACACACGUGCCUGUCGCACUUCUCUCUCCCAAGAAUCUCGGUGCUUUAUAUUCAUUCCCGUGCGUGUACGUGCAUGUUUAUCUCUAUCUCCAGAAUGUUCCAAUUGCUUUCUCAUAUUGUAGUCAUGUGGUAGGUCUAUGGAAGCCCCAGGCGCUGGACCAAAAGCUCCGCCAAGGUUCUUUAUUUGAUCGUUGUUUCUUGUGAUACUCAUUGUUUGUUGACCAUGGCAAUGAUGAGAGGGACUCGUUUGUAUUCUUUUGGAACUUUCCUCCGCCAAAGCCUUGCGCAAUUCCGAAACCUCACCUCAGAGAUCAAACAGGAGGGUCAUCCUACCAUAAACCUAGAUGCCAAAGUUUGCGACUUUACCCGUGAAAUAUGCAGGAUUACUCGAACAAAGCCACGUUGGGAGGACACCCUUCUUUCCCUAUUCCCAUCUUUCAAUUUUUCUGACCCUUCUUUCUUCCUCCUUUAUCUUAACCACCAGAGCAAUGCCUUCCUCUCCCUUCGUUUCUUUCACUGGCUAUGUUCUCGUUGUGGUUUCUCACCCGACCAAUCUUCUUGCAAUGCGCUGUUCCGUGAGCUUGUGGAUGCUCGGGCCUGCAAAGUAGCAAAAUCCUUGCUUGAUUGCCCGGGUUUUAUUCCUGAGCCUGAUUCUUUGGAAUGCUACAUUCAAUGUCUCAGCAGUGCUGGGAUGGUUGAAGAUGCGCUUGACGUGUUGAAAAAGGUUGGGAUUUGCCCAUCAGUGGAAACUUGGAAUGCGUCCCUGUUGGGUUGUUUGAAGGUUAGGAGGACUGAUCUGGUUUGGACGUUGUAUGAACAGAUGAUGGAAUCUGGUGCUGUAGAUAGCAUUAGUGUUGAAACUGUUGGAUAUCUGAUAAUGGCAUUCUGUGCAGAGAACAAAGUCUCCAAAGGGUAUGAACUUCUUAGGGAGCUACUGGAAAAGGGCUUACAUCCUGACAAUAUUGUUUUCAAUAAACUUAUAGCUGGAUUUUGUAAGGAGAGACAGUAUGCUAGAGUAUCUGAGAUCCUUCAUGUUAUGAUUGCCAAAAAUUGUAAUCCAGAUAUCUUUACUUAUCAAGAAGUCGUAAAUGGACUCUUGAAGAGGAAAAAUUCCGAGGGUUUCCGGGUUUUUAACGAUCUCAUGGAGAGAGGAUAUUUCCCAGACAGGGUUAUGUACACAACAGUGAUCAAAGGUCUAUGUGACAUGGGAUGGCUUGGUGAGGCCAGGAAGCUGUGGUUUGAGAUGAAAAAAAAAGGAUUUUUGCCAAAUGAAUACACCUAUAAUGCAAUGAUACAUGGGUAUUGUAAGAUUGGUGAUCUUGUCAAAGCAAGGAAGCUCUUACAGGAUAUGUGUGGUAGGGGUUAUGCAGAAACUGCUGUUAGCUGUAGCACAAUGAUUUCAGGUUUGUGUUUGCAUGGAAGGACAGAUGAAGCACUGAACUUUUUUGAGGAAAUGCCUCAAAAGGGCAUUGUUCGUGAUGUGAUUGUGUACAACUCUCUAAUUAAAGGCCUUUGUGAGAAAGGGGAGCUAGUGAAGGCUACAACACUAUUUGAUGAACUUCUGGCACAGGGUUUAGAGCCAUCAGUUUUCUCUUUUACUCCUCUUAUAAAAAAAUUUUGUGAAGUUGGAGAUACACAGGGUGCAAUAAGGUUGUGGAAAGAUAUGCAUGAUAGGCAUUUGGAACCACCGGCUAGUACCCAUGAUUAUAUUAUAACCGCUUUAUGCAAAGAAGGAAAUUCCACACAAGGAAUGGAAUGGCUGCAAAACAUGCUGAGUUGGAAGCUUAAACCCCAGGAGCAGACUUUUGAGUACCUGAUUAACAGUCUAUCACAAGAAGAUAGGUUGGAUGAUGUUUUGGUUGUUUUAGAUUUAAUGUUCAGAAUAGGAUAUAGACUCAAAGAAAGCAUAAUCAGUUCUUUGGUGAGUAAAUUUAGCAAGGAUAGUUUUCAUUUUCCUAACUUAUGUUUGGAGAAGAUCUUAGAAAGAAAUUGAUAUAACCAAUUGGUGUUUUUUGUAUCUUCUAUGUACUAUCUAUGACCAAUAAAAUGAAAAUUUUUUUGAGU